AUGCGACUGCACCGUUUCGCUGGACUACUAUUAUUGUUCGCUGGUCCCGUUUUAUCAGACAGCUCGUCAUCCGGGCUCGCUCCACCAGGGCUUCAUCCUCUCGUAGUCCGCGGUGACGCCUUGCUUUCUGCUGGUCAAUUUAACGAUGCAGCGAAAACAUACACAGACGCCAUCUUACUAUCCCCUGCAGACUACUUACUGUUUUACAAGCGAGCUACAGCUUACUUUUCGUUAAGUCGCCAUGCAAACGCGCUGGAUGACUUCACCAAGGUUCUGGAGUUAACUGGCGGAGAAUUCGACCGUGCUAUUAUGAUGAUGGCGAAGAUCCAUACCAAGGAUGGAGACUGGGCUCGUGCCAAGGAAUUGCUCGCAACAUAUAACAUGAAAGUUGCUGGUGAUGAAGCUGCGAACGACAUGUUACAUGACAUCAAGGACGCCGAGACAGCAGCUUCCAAGGCUCUUAAGGCAAGACGCGCUCAGCUGUGGACAGUUUGCUCAGAAGCCGCAACUCAAGCUCUACGGGUAGCUAGCCAUAGUUCCGAGCUCAGGCAGACAAAAGCAGACUGUAACUUAGCCAGUGGUGACGUGCAAGGAGCUGUGCUCGACUUGACUCGACUUUCGUACUUAUCCCGCCCUACUACCAUCUCUCUUAUGCGUAUUUUCCGCCUCUCUUAUUUCCUGCUCCCACCUUCACAUUCGUCCUCACAUCUUUCGCCUCUUAAACAAUGCCUCCAUCUGGACCCCGACUCCUCUUCGUGUUUACCCGCCCACAGACUCGCGAAAUCUCUUGACAAGGGUUUCUCGAAAUUGGCGAAGCUUAUGGAUGCCAAUGAUUGGAAAGGCGUUCUCAAGCAUGUCGUUGGAAGUGCGAAAGACUUUCCUGGCAAUGGCUUUGCCCGUACUUUCCAGGACGCACUAGUUGAGAAUGGCGCUCCAGACUUGCUGGUACCAUCUUCCUCCAAGCUCCCACUUCCCGAUGUUCUCUCUUCAAGCCCACGUCGCGCUCUCAUCCUUCGUGGAGCAUGCAGUGCUUAUUUGAGGCUCAACAAUGCAAGGAAGGGCGAACCUUGGUGUGAUGCUCUGCUUGCGAUGUCUGAAGAUACCCUCCGAGCCCUGAAUGAAAUGGGUGGCGAUUCCAAUGUGGAAGUCGACGCGUGGGUGGUGAAGGGUGAGGCAUUGCUGAUUCGCGAGGAGUGGGAUGAAGCAGUGCGCUCUUUCGAACGGGCGUUCGAGAGUAGUGGUCGCAGCGACAGAGACGUGCUAGGGCGCUUGCAGAAAGCCCAACGACUACUAAAGCAAUCCAAACAGAAAGAUUACUACAAGGUUCUUGGAGUCGCUAGGGACGCGGACCCGAAAACUAUCAAGAAAGCCUUCCGCAAAGCAGCUAUGACAGCCCAUCCUGACAAGGGAGGCUCAGAGUCAAAAAUGGCAGAAGUGAAUGAGGCGUACGAGGUGCUGAGUAAACCAGGCAAGCGACAUGUCCAAUCAACACAUUUGCGCCCCUUACUCAAUUUACGUGUAGAACUCCGUCAACGCUUCGACAAUGGGGAUGACCCAAACGAUCCCAACUCUCACGGAAAUUCUCACGGAUUUGGUGGCUUCGGUGGUGGUGGAGAGCAUCCAUUUGCGCAGUUUUUCCAACAAGCUGGGCAGGGUUUCUCAUUUAGAGGCCAUUGA